AUGUGAGUCCUAAUCUAAAAUAUGAUAAUAGUUUAUACACCAGGUUUGGCUUAAUAUUUUAUAUCUUGCGAUUACAUUACUGCAAUUGGUCUAAAUCCCAAACAUAGUACAUUUAAGUUGUGACAACCAACUUAUUACAAUUUUAUUAGUAAGAAAUAACAAUAAUCUUUGUUGUCUUUAAAACCAUAAGGAAUGUCAUAACUAACUGGAGCCAACAAACACAACUAUAUUUUUAGAAGUUUAACAAUUUUAAAGAAUAUAUAUAUACAAGCAUGUUUUCAAAUUUGUAGAAGGCAAACACAUCUAAAGCAGAAAAAUAAACAAAUCAAGUAAGAGAAUGAAGCUUCAGUUGUUAUGUCUUGCUUUGGUAUUCAUUGUCGUUGAAACUAAUGCAGCAAAGCAAGGAAAGAAUGCAACAAUCCAUGCACUAAUAGUUUUUGGAGAUUCAAUUAUGGAUACUGGUAAUAACAAUAGACUCCCAACUCUUUUGAAGUGCAAUUUUCCUCCCUAUGGCAAGGAUUUUCCCGGCGGCUUGGCCACGGGAAGAUUUUCUGAUGGAAGAGUUCCCUCUGAUCUCAUUGCGGAAAAGUUAGGAAUAGCCAAGUCACUACCAGCAUUUAUGAACCCGAAUUUGAAGCCCCAAGAUCUUCUUAAGGGUGUAACAUUUGCAUCUGGAGGAACUGGUUACGAUCCAUUAACGGCUAAGAUUAUGUCCGUGAUAUCAGUCUGGGAUCAACUAACAUAUUUCAAGCGAUAUAUAUCAACGAUCAAACAACAUUUUGGAGAGAAAAAAGCUCAAGAUAUCUUGGACAAUAGUUUUUUUGUUGUGUGUUCCAGUAGCAAUGACCUCGCUCACACUUUCAUGGCUCAAUCUCAUAAAUAUGACCCUACCUCAUAUGCUAAUUUCUUGGCUGACUCAGCAGUCAAAUUCGUAAGAGAAUUACAUAAGCUUGGAGCUAAAAAGAUCGGAGUUUUUAGCGCAGUACCGGUUGGAUGUGUACCACUUCAAAGAACAGUGUUUGGAGGCAUGUUUACAAGAGGAUGUGUAAAAUCUUUAAACAACAUGGCUAAACAAUUCAACGCAAGGCUUUCGCCAGCACUAGAAUCUUUAGAUAAAGAGUUGGACGGUGUUAUCCUCUACAUUGAUGUUUAUGAUACUCUUUUCGACAUGAUCCAACAUCCUUCAAAAUACGGUUUUGAGGUAGCUGAUAGAGGAUGUUGCGGUAGGGGCUCUCUCGCGAUAUCCUAUAUGUGCAACUCAUUGAAUCCAUUCACAUGUUCUAAUUCCUCGGCCUAUAUAUUUUGGGAUAGCUACCACCCAACUGAGAGAGCUUAUCAAGUUAUGGUUGACAACUUGCUUGACAAAUAUUUAAGCAAAAUCUAUUGAUGUUUAAU